AUGACGGAAGAGAGCAGGUUCUGCAAAAAUUGUAAACGAGAUGUGUCUGCUGACAAUUUCUCCCUGCAUGAGGCCCACUGCUUGCGGUUUCUCACUCUCUGUCCAGAAUGUGAUGAACCAGUUGCCCAAAAGGAUAUGAAGGACCACCAAACAGAAGCACACAAGCAGGUCAGAUGUAAUCUUUGUCACCAGAGCAUGCAGCAACACCAGUUGGAGCAUCAUGAGACCAAGGAAUGCCACAAACGAGCAAUGAAAUGCAAGAUCUGUGAGCUUGAAAUGCCCUUUGACAAGCUGCAGGAACAUCUGGACACCUGUGCCAGCCGAACAGAGUUGUGUCGGGAGUGUAACAAAUACAUCAUGUACAAGGACCAUAAGAAGCACAAAGACAUUUGUCAGAACAGUGAUCUGUCCUGUCAUAAGGUUGUAAACUUUCAAGCCAGGGAAGCAUCCACUAACGCAGCAUCUAUGUCACCCACUGGUACUGGUGGCAAACUUUGUCAAACAUGCAAUAAGUCAUUCCCAGAUGACCAGUACUCCCAACAUCAGGAUAAAUGCAGUGCAGCCCAUAAGCUGACCAAAGUUCUUGCUGGCCAGUCAGCUGCAAACCUCAGCAGUGAUCCACCACAGCCUUCUUCCUCCCUGAAUUCCUCUUUCCACUCCAAGAAUGCAAUGGCAUGGAGAGAUGUCCGUCCCAAAGGGAAAGGCAGGCACCAGCCAUUGACCUCCAAAAGCUUGCUUAAGCCCCCAGAGAACAAAAAGAUUGGCUUCCCCUCUCCCACAAGAGGUGAACAUUCCGCAUCACCUCAAGCUCUUAAAGACACCCAGUCUUUUGACGUGCUGGUGACCUGUGCCCAUUGCGACAUUCUUCUGCCGCUUCCAACCCUUCAGAAACAUGAGAUCAAAUGUCUACAUGUCACAUCUCUGAAAAACGCUAGUAUGAAACAAAAAUCAAGCCAUGGAGAAAAAG